AUGACGACGUCGUCUUCGUUGGAGCUGCGCAAGGCGCUGUCCAAGUACGCGCUGCCCAAUACGAAGGAGCUGAACCACCUGCGCGCUGCUGACCCUAGUAGCUCCUACCGUGCGUCUUUUUUCCGCCUCCAAACGGAUGAGCUCUUGGCCGCUGCGGGUCGCAAACUGAGUGCUAAAGCCACGUCCGGUCUCCAGACGCUGCUAUUUCAAGUCAAAGAGAUUGUGCACAGUAUACAGGAUCAGCAGGUGACACAAGACGCACUGCAAGCGCGCGGCCUCUUUGUGCGCAAUCACAUUAAGCGGAAAGAGAUUGUCUUGCCGUUCCAGCGUCCCAGUCGUCUUGAUGUUGUGGGGAGCUACAUUCUACAAACAAUGGCGUAUACCCGGGCAAAAAAUAUGUCCGACUAUGGCGUAUUAACUGUGGACGUGGCGGUUGAAAUGCCUGUAACGUGCUUUGUGGCCAAAGACUUUAGUAAUUACCGGUACUUCGACAAGCGCAACCUGUACCUGGGCGUUUUGGUGUCCGAGUUGCAACGUCAUUGUGACAUAAUUCAGCACGUGACACUGCAGACGUGGCAUGGCGAGUAUGAAAAGCCGGUGGUGUUGUUGACGGUAGCGCCGUCGUUUUUGCGUCAACAUGGCUUGAAAGGCGUGCAAGUGCGUGUCCAACUUUUGCCUGUCGUCACGACAGAUCAUUUCAAACUGGCCAAGCUUGUGCCAUCUAGGAACAAUGUCAAGCAUGAAGUGGAUAUGACGGAACAGGAGAUGGAGCAGUGCGGGACGCCACUGUACAACAACUCCAUUUUGGAAGACAUGAUGGUACGGCAACACACAAAAGAGCUUCAUUCGGUGUUGAAAGAGGCUCCCCACUUUGCUGAAGCGUGUAUUCUGGCCAAGGUGUGGCUACGGCAACGAGGGUAUCACAAAGCCAUGGACUCGAUAAAUGGCUUUUUGCUGUCAAUGCUGCUGCUGUAUCUGUAUCAGACGAAGCGAAUUAAUGCGCAGACGCCAUCGGACCAAAUGUUCAAAGUGCUGAUGCAGUUCCUUGCUGUUCACGAACUCGAAAACGACCCGCUGCAGUUUCCGCCAGCUGAAGACGGCGUGGUACUCACGAUUGAAGGAAUGCAGACCUUUUGCAAGUCAUACGACCUGGUGUUCUUGGACUCGUCGGGUCGCUUGAAUCUGUUUGGUCGUGUUACGCUAGGCGCGUGGGAGGAGAUUCGGCAGGCUGCUACAGAGUCAGUGAAGUUAAUGCAAAACUGUACUUUGGAUAACUUCCGGUCGCUUUUUAUCAGCAAACAUGAGUUUUGGACUCAAUACGAUCAGUACUACUGGUUUCCUGCGCCAACUCCCGUGAACGAUAGUGAAGACACGUACACUAUGGAAGAGAAGCGCUCUAUCAAUGAUAUCGGUCUUGAGCAGUUCUGGUUGCGCAAGCUUGCGUCAGUGCUGUCGAGAGCCCUGACGGAUCGCGUGAGUCUUGUUCGACCCAUGUCUGAGGAUAGUGUCGAGUGGGGUGUGAAUGACGGUUCGCUCCCGAUGCCGCGUAAGGUGGCAAUUGGGCUACGUAUAAACCCGGACAACGCGUGGCGGAUUGUGGACAAAGGCCCACCGGCUGAUGAUAAGGUAGCUAGCACCGACUUCCGUCAUUUCUGGAAAAGCAAGUCAGAGCUGCGUCGAUUUAAGGACGGUGCCAUUAUUGAGGCUGUGGUGUGGGAAGGAAUCAGCACCGAAAACCGCCACUGCGUGCUGGACGCGAUUGUAAACUUCAUUGUACCCGCGCAUUGUCCCCAGCUUACGACGUCGCAGAUCAAGACUUCGAACACUGCUUUGUACUCGGUACUUGACAUCGAGGAACCGUCAGGUUCAGGGAAAGCAAAUGCAUUCAAUGCGUCAUUCGAAUCGACGAUGAACUCAGUGUCGAAGCUGUGGGUUAUUUUCAACAGCUUUGCAAAAACAUUGCGUGCCAUGGAGUCGUUGCCACUGAAGGUCUCGGAUGUUCUGCCAGUCCACCCCGCGUUCCGCUACACGAGUUUGUUCCCUGUCCAACCACAUCCGUUAGCUUACUCUAAGAAUGAGAAGAUAGAUGCUGCGCCAAUGGCCCAUGUGAAUACUGUGCUAGAGCCAUUGGUUCUUUACGUGAAGUUCGAGCGCUCAUCGGCCUGGCCAAACGAAAAAAGUGCAUUGAUGUUUGCGAAGACUGGAUUUUAUGUCCAUAUUGGCCACGAGCUCCAGUCUCGCCUUAACCUGCGCUGUGAGGUGGCCAAGGAUUGUGUGGAUGUGUUAAUCAGCGGCUACGUCUUUCGUUUGAUAAUUCGUAGCGAGAAGGAGCUGAGCGUUGUGACUGGUGCAGCUGGAGUAAAGAAGCUUGCUCUUGUGCACUCGCCCGAGUAUGUGACGGUUAAGCGUGAGGCCGACUACCUAUUGAGGCACGCAAGCACGGUGCAUGCACUACACACAAAGAACACAUCAUACGGCCCUACUGUUCGGCUUGUCCAGCGAUGGCUAGCCGAUAAAGCGUUGAGCAACGUGUUGUCUAUCGAAGCGGUCGAACUCCUCGUGGCCAACGUAUUCCUGACGGCUGCAUCCACGCCUCAUUCAGUUUUGUCUGGCUUCCUUCGUUUCUUGAAACGGGUUGCUAAAUUUGACUGGCAAAAUGCUCCGUUCAUUGUGGACUUGACCAGUUCUUUGGACGAGGACAAGCACCGUGAGAUUCUGAAGAGAUUUGAAGCAUCGACUUCGAGUCAAAGUACUCACCCCGCAAUGUUUAUUGCCGCUGACUAUGAAGACAUGGACUGUCUGUCAAGCUGGACGCGAUUUACGCCUGACAAAGUCGUGGUACAGCGGCUUGUUUCAUUGGCUCAAGCUUCGUACGACGUCCUAGUUUCUUGGCUAGCGUCGGGUGCGUCAUCUUCUGGCUGGAAAACGGCUUUUGCGUCGUCAAAAAUGGAAUUUGACGCCGUGCUUCAGCUUGCCACCGAAAACCUUCCGUCCAAAAGGGUUCGCGUCGACAGCAGCAAAAAGCACCCGUUUGUAGCACCUGUGUACAAGAACAUGGACAUGAGCGCAGUUCCAGUCAUGAUCGGGUUCGAUCCUGUGCACGAAUUGCUGCGGGACUUAGAGCGCCGAUAUGGCCACUUUGCUCUUUUCUUUGUGAACGGCAUCGACACUUCGGAGAUCCUGGUCACGUGGAAGCCGCAAGCUUUUUUGCCAACCAAGUUUCGUGCAAUCACCGCAAACUACCAGAUUCCGCUGCCUAAUGACGAUGCAGUGGAGGACGACGAGCCGACCCGCUGCUUUGCCAUACCCAACAUUUUUGAAAUCUUGUCCGACAUGCAGAGUCUCAGCCACGGCAUGGUCAUUAGCAUAGCAAUGCAGCCGUUUGAAAGUGUGUAA